AUGGCGACAAUCAACAUCACAGAUGCCAAGCUGUCGUUCAUGUAUGAGCAGGUCUACAAGGUGGACUUUGAUGCUGCCACGGUGACUAAAAUUGUGGUAGCAGUUCUGAUGUCUCUGUUUUUUGUUUAUAUAAACUGCAUCAUGCUUUUUGCAUUAGGUAGUAGGUCCAUGUUCCAUGAAACACCCCGGUACAUUCUGUUUUCCCACAUGCUUCUCAAUGAUUCUAUCCUCCUCCUGGUCACAACUAUAAUGUACGCCAUGUCUCUUGCCCUUACCAAUGUCGCCAGAGCCAUCUGCUCACUGUUAGUCCUGAUCUCCACUUGUGCUUUCCAGAAUGCUCCUUUGACCCUGGCUCUGAUGUCACUGGAACGCUUUGUGGCUAUUUGCUUCCCUCUGAGGCACUGCACUAUCGCCACACGGAAAAACACAGGCAUUGCUCUUGGAAUUGUUUGGUUUGCCAGUUCAUUGAAUAUUGUGACAGACAUAACAUAUGACUUAGUCACUGAUCCAAGUCAGUUGCUUAAGAUCACAUUUUGCACCAGAGAGAAACUUUUUGUUGCCAAGUGGCAGGCCGAUAAGACUCAAGGUUUUAAUAUUCUCUUUUUUGUGUCAGUGACUGUGAUCAUCCUUUUCACUUACAUCAGCAUUAUGAUCACAGCCAGGUCUAUUUCCUCUAAUAAAGAAUCUGCUACAAAAGCCCACAAGACUGUGCUGCUGCACCUCAUUCAGCUAGGCCUGUGCCUCACCUCAUUUCUAUAUGCCACCAUAGAGAGAGCACUUUAUAUGAUGACUGGAAGCAGUAGUGCUCUUUUCAUACACUUGCGCUAUCUGAACUUUCUCAUCAUCCUGAUUCUGCCCCGCUGCCUGAGCCCGCUCAUCUAUGGCCUUCGAGAUGAUGCAGUGCGACCCUUAUUCAAAUAUUAUUUUUGUUACAGAUCUCACAAAAUAAAACCUGUAGUCAAUGUGGUUUGA